AAUGGCUGAAAAAAAGAAGCGCGAGAUAGAAACUUGGGCGCGCAGCGUUUAGCUGGCGAGUUGUGCGCCUUUUAAUGAAAGUGUUUACUAUAUUUGAUCGACCAUCUUAUUAACAUCACAGAUGCGUUUGCGUGUGUAUGCUGCAUGUAUACAGUCAUCGUAAACGUCUGUUUUAUUGGUGCUUUUUGCUAAAACUUUAGGGAAAUGUCGUGGUGGGCGCGCGGUGAGGAUGAAGAAGAGGGCAUGUGUCAGGACACAGACUCUGAUGUGGCUGAUCAGAAGGAUUGUGGCAAAGUUAAAGUAAAGUGGACCCAAGAGGAGGAUGAUAAGCUGCGAAAAUUGGUGCUGAACUUUGGACCAAAUGAUUGGAAAUACAUUGCUGGCUUUUUACCUAAUCGAUCAGAGCAUCAAUGUCAGCAUCGCUGGUUCAAAGUUUUGGAUCCUGAUCUUGUCAAAGGACCCUGGACAAAGGAGGAGGAUGAGAAAGUGAUUGAGCUCGUGAAAAAGUAUGGCAACAAGCAGUGGGCGAUGGUGGCCAAGCACCUGAAAGGCCGUCUUGGAAAGCAGUGCAGAGAACGCUGGCACAACCACCUCAAUCCAGACGUCAAGAAGUCUUCCUGGACUCCAGAGGAAGAUCUCAUCAUCUACAAGGCUCACUGUGUGCUAGGCAACCGCUGGGCUGAGAUUGCCAAACUGCUCCCUGGAAGAACAGACAAUGCUGUCAAAAACCACUGGAACUCUACUAUCAAGCGUAAAGUAGAGACAGGUUAUUACACUGGUGUGGACACUACGCUUCAUGUGCUCCAACAGACGGAGAGUGAAGAGGUGGUGUCUGAGGAGACUAGUCAGCAGCAGGUGGAGUUCUGCUAUGAUGGAGCCAGUGAGGGAUUACCAGUUACUGCCUUAAAGCGGGAUCCAGAUGCUCAUGAGAAAGUCACCUCUGCUCCACACAAAACUGCAUCUCCCAAGACGCCAAAAGCUCCAGCAACCCCCAAAAGUGAAGCUGGAGACUCUAAUGUGUCCACGUGGGUGAUGGACAGCUCUGGGUUCCUCUCUCCCUCAGCGGCGCCCACGCUAAAGGAGGUGAUGGAGCUUAUGGACGGGGAUCUUGAGGGCUGGUGUACAAUGUCAGACUUUGACCUGCCGGAGGAGAGUCAGAGCUCCGAGCUGCUGCAGUUUCGGCUGGAGGGAAGUACCCUACAGGAGCUCAGCAAAGGCAGUAAAGGAGAGCUCAUCCCCAUCUCACCCGGUGGGGCAACACCUCCAUCAAUCCUGAGUCGUCGCAGUCGCCGUCGCAUCGCCCUUUCCCCAGAUCCCAAUGACUCCAUGACCCCCAAGAGCACACCGGUCAAAAUCCUGCCUUUUUCUCCUUCACAGUUCCUUAAUAUGUGGACCAAGCAAGACACGCUGGACCUAGAGAAUCCAUCUCUUACGUCAACUCCUGUUUGCAGCCAGAAGGCCAUCGUCACAACACCUCUGCACCGGGACAAAACCCCACUCACACAGAAGGAGAACUCUUUGUUUAUCACACCAAAUCACAAAUCUGAUCUGGAUACGACUCCCCGAACACCCACUCCAUUUAAAAAUGCCUUAGAGAAAUACGGCCCUCUGCGGCCACUGCCUCCGACCCCAAAUUUGGAGGAAGACCUUAAAGAAGUGUUGCGCAGUGAGGCAGGAAUUGAAUUGAUAGUAGAAGAUGAAACUCCUACUGAGAAAAAACGCAAACAAGUGUACCGGCCUCCCAUGAAGAAAGUCCGCAAAUCUUUGGCUUUGGAUGUCAUUGACAGCAGCGAGACUAUUGCUGCACGAAAGCAGCAAAUUAAACAAACAGUCAAAACGAAUCAGAAGGCACCGAUCGCACGGUCGCUCCCUCUUGUGUCCUCUUGUGGUGUGAAAAAGGAAGAGAAUGUGUUGGAUCAAGGAUUUAUUCUUGGACCGAACGAGAGCGGGCCACCCACUAAACCUGUGCCUCCCACACUGAACCAGAGUCCUCCAUUAUCUAUGUCUCCAGCCUGGCUAACUGUUGUCUGUGGACAGACAAAAGAUCAGCUGAUCGUGACAGAGAAAGCUAGGCAGUACCUUCGCUCUUUAAAAUCUCAUGCCCCAAACCGAGCCCUCAUACUUUCAUGAUCCCAUGCUGAGUCCCAGUUUGGUUUCUUCAUUAUUUUUUUUUUAAAGCAUAAUGUGUAAAAUUUGUUGAUCAAAAAAAAAAAAAAAAAAAAAAAAAAAUGUAAAUGUCAUGUAGAAUAUGAAACCAAUUACUGUUCCAGAUUAGACACUUUAAUGCUGAUAAUGCUUUUGUCCUGUUUUCUGUGGCAUAUUAGCACAUUCAGAAUACCAUUUACUUCAUGUAACCCUGUACAAUAUAUUUUUUUUUUUUUUUUUUUUUUUUUUUUUUUUUUUAAUAUUUAUGUAUUGUCAAGCUGUUUUUGAUAAGGCGGCAAACAUGCGUUUUGCUCCAAAUAUAAAAUGACAAACAUCCCAAACUAAAUAAUUGAGGUUGCUGUUCAGGGACCUCAGUAUUGUUUUAUACUCUGUUCAUAUUUUCUGCAUUUCUGUAAGGAUAACUAGACAUGUGCUAGAAACAUGGUCUUUUUUUUUUGUUUGUUUUUUUUUUUUUUUUUCCCCAGACGGUAAAAAACAUGGUCGUCUUUUUUCCCCAGAAGGUAAAAAAGUAAGGUAUGGUAUGCUACAAAAGAAAAAUAAAACAGCUGUUGACUGUUGAUGGUAACAGACCAUGUAUUUUUGUGUAAUUAGCGAAUUAAAAAAUAAUUGUCAUUAUAAUUUAAGGAAAAUUGCAAUGAUGAGCUUGUCCUUUAUUUACAAAAAUAGUCAAAUCUGUACAUUUCGAUAUGAGGUCCAGUUUUUUUUUUGGUUGUAUACAGAAUUGAGCUUGGAACACACUGCAGUAGUUAUAGCAUGUAAAUAUAGGCAGUUUUUCCUGUUUUGUGUUAUAUUGGAUGUUUGUUUUUUUUCCAAGGAACAUAAAUGGAUUUAUCGAAAAUUUGGAUCUGCUCUUUUACAUACCGUGAACAGGUGCAUGGACUUGCUUAAAUGCCAUUACCAAAUGUUAUAGAAACAUACUUAACUGCUUAACUGUUGCACAUGGUAAAAUGGCAAAAGCCAGUAUUUCUCAGUUUA